CCUGACAAUCGUGUUAUGACGUGCCUUUGCAAAUUAAAAGUUUCGAUGAAAUUACGACUUUAUUUUGAGCAAUAGAGGAUAUUCCAUUUGUUUAAAUCGUGUAUAAGUGAUUCCUGAAACCGUUUGCAUCUUUUAAUUUACUUUGACGCUCCUAGUAAGGCUGUUCACAGGAUUUUAAAAUUGGUUACUGUGGGACCUUGUUCCAAGACAACAUUUUGUGGUUCCAUCAACAGGGGGGUUUACCCUCCAAGAUGAAGUCAAAUAAUCGUGAUUUUUCUGUUCUUCUGUGGCUAACGGAUUAAGAUCCUAAUUAUUGUAAUUCUGCAUGGAGGAACAAGAUGAAUUUCAUCCAUUCAUCGAGGCCUUACUGCCACAUGUUAGAUCCUUUUCAUACACAUGGUUUAAUUUACAAGCACAUAAACGCAAAUAUUACAAGAAAAAUGAUAAACGAAUGUCUAUGGAAGAAGAGAGAAAAGUUAAAGAAGAAUUACAGAGUGAAAAGGCGGAAGUUAAACAGAAAUGGGCGUCAAGAUUAUUAGCGAAAUUACGGAAAGAUAUAACACAGGAAUGUCGAGAAGAUUUUGUGCUCAGUAUUACUGGGAAGCGUCCACCUGUAUGUGUUUUAAGCAAUCCAGAUCAAAAAGGAAAAAUGCGUCGUAUUGACUGUUUACGGCAGGCCGACAAAGUGUGGAGAUUGGACCUAGUUAUGGUGAUAUUAUUUAAAGCAAUACCUCUAGAAAGUACUGAUGGAGAACGGUUAGAAAAAUCUCCAGACUGUAUGCAUCCCAAUAUCUGUGUUAAUCCACAUCAUAUUAGUGUAUCAGUUCGCGAAUUAGAUCUUUAUCUUGCUAACUUUAUACAGAGUUAUGGUAAGUAG